AACUAGUCCAAAGCAGAAGCUCUUAUCCCAGACGUCGCUCUUUAUCCUGGGAAUUUACUAGCUGCCAAGAUUCCUGUUUUUCCUCUUCGUUGAAUCUAAAUUGGAUAUUAUUCACAAAGGAGCUUUUUUUUCUGCAAAAGAAAAAAUGAUUCCACUCUGCGAGAAAUCUCAGCUUUUUCUUGUGCUCUGGGUGUUCGGUCUGGCACUGCUGGUGGAUUCAAUUUGGGGUCUACCUAUGGAAGAUCAGGAUUACUACCUACAGGAAAUCAUCAACAGGGAUCAUUAUUACUCUUUUCCAGAUCCCGAUGAUGAAUUUUCGCCAUUCACAGAACAACCAAAAGAGGAAGAAACAGAACCCCCUGCAGAGACAGAACAGCCACAACGUUUUAGACAUGCCAAGAAGGAGUUAAAACCAAAGAAAGCCAACAAAAAAGAUAAAUCUACUCUGGACACUCCGCCAGCUAAAAAUGGCAACAGAAAAGGUGAGAAAAACAAGAAAGGCACAGAAAGGACACCAGAUGGAGACUAUGAAAGACAAAACGCUUAUGAAGAAAGUCGAGAAAGUUGUCCUCCCCUGGGUCUUGAAACAUUAAAAAUUAGUGACUUCCAGCUGCAUGCCUCUACAGUAAAACGAUAUGGCCUUGGGGCCCACAGAGCACGGCUAAAUAUACAGGCAGGUGUUAAUGAGAAUGAUUUUUAUGAUGGUGCUUGGUGUGCAGGACGGAACGAUCCAUACCAGUGGAUUGAAUUAGAUGCUCGGAGGCUAACAAGGUUCACCGGUGUUAUCACACAGGGAAGAAAUUCUCUCUGGCUGAGUGACUGGGUAACCUCUUACAAAGUCAUGGUGAGCAAUGACAGUCACACCUGGAUUACUGUCAAAAAUGGUUCUGAAGACAUGAUUUUUGUAGGCAAUGAAGAAAAAGAGAUCCCAGUCCUCAACGAACUGCCUGUACCUCUUGUUGCACGUUAUAUUCGGAUAAGUCCCCGAACAUGGUAUGAAGAAGGAAGCAUAUGCAUGAGACUGGAGAUUCUGGGUUGUCCUCUGCCAGACCCAAAUAACUAUUAUCACAGAAGAAAUGAAAUGAUGACAACAGACAACCUUGAUUUUAAGCACCACAACUAUAAAGAAAUGAGGCAGCUGAUGAAAGUUGUAAAUGAGAUGUGUCCAAAUAUCACAAGAAUUUACAAUAUUGGGAAGAGUCAUCAAGGGCUAAAGUUGUAUGCUGUUGAGAUCUCAGACAACCCAGGAGAACAUGAAGUUGGUGAACCUGAAUUUCGAUACAUGGCAGGGGCUCAUGGGAAUGAGGUACUUGGGCGAGAGCUGCUGCUUUUGUUAAUGCAGUUCAUGUGCCAGGAAUAUCUAGCUGGGAAUUCACGUAUUAAACGCCUCAUUGAAGAUACCAGAAUUCAUCUUCUUCCUUCAAUCAAUCCAGAUGGAUAUGAGAAAGCCUAUGAAGUGGGCUCAGAAUUAGGAGGCUGGUCUUUAGGACGGUGGACUGAAGAUGGCAUUGAUAUAAACAAUAAUUUUCCUGACUUAAAUACUCUGCUUUGGGAAGCUGAAGAUCGGUGGAAGGUUCAAAAGAAGGUCCCUAAUCAUCACAUACCCAUCCCAGAUUGGUACCUGUCUGAAAAUGCUACAGUGGCAGUUGAAACUCGAGCUGUAAUAGCAUGGAUGGAAAAAAAUCCAUUUGUGCUUGGGGGCAACUUACAGGGAGGAGAAUUGGUUGUUGCCUAUCCCUACGAUAUGGUCCGGUCAACAUGGAAAACACAGGAGCAUACGCCUACUCCAGAUGAUCAUGUUUUUCGAUGGCUGGCAUAUUCGUAUGCAUCUACUCAUCGACUAAUGACAGAUGCCUGGAGGAGAGUUUGCCACACAGAGGACUUUCAGAAAGAAGAUGGAACUGUAAAUGGAGCAUCAUGGCACACUGUUGCAGGAAGUAUAAAUGACUUUAGCUAUCUACAUACAAAUUGUUUUGAAUUAUCUAUAUAUGUUGGCUGUGAUAAAUAUCCUCAUGAAAGUGAGCUACCAGAAGAGUGGGAAAACAACCGAGAAUCCCUUAUUGUUUUCAUGGAGCAGGUACAUCGUGGUAUUAAAGGCAUAGUGAAGGAUUUACAUGGAAAAGGAAUUCCAAAUGCCAUUAUUUCUGUAGAAGGUGUUAACCAUGACAUCCGUACAGGAACUGAUGGGGAUUAUUGGCGCCUUCUAAACCCAGGAGAAUACAUGGUCACUGCAAAAGCAGAGGGGUAUACUGCCUCCACCAAAAACUGUGCUGUCGGCUAUGAAAUGGGAGCUACCAGGUGUGACUUCACCAUCAGCAAAACCAACCUGGCACGAAUCAAAGAGAUCAUGGAGAAAUUUGGAAAGCAGCCAAUUAGUUUGUCACUCCGAAGGCUCAGACAGAGAGUUGGGCAGAGGCGCCCACAGUAUCGACUACUUUCUGCAGUGUAAAAGAUCCCAUGAUCUUGCUGUGUCCCUAAGCAGAAACCAACUGUAGUAAUAGAAAAAUAUAUAUCAACGAUACCUUCUUACAUCCCCUUCUUGCAAUAUUUUAAUCGGAGAUCUUGUACUGAAGAAUAUCUUGAGAUUCUACAGCUCAAUAUUUAGAUUAUGUGCUCCUCUGAAAAACUGGAGAACAGAAAUGUGUCUUCCAUAAAGAAAGUAGUCACUGCAUUUGUAAUUGCUUGUAUUUUCUCACCCAGAGGAAAGGCAUAAUAACUAAAUACUGUGAAGUAUUUUUAAUGCAGAUAGAAUACAAUUCUUCUCUAUUGGUUACCAUUGAAUUGAAACUGCUAUGAAAAUCAGCUUUGGGGGUUGAAAUUGGAUUUCAGGACUCAACUGCAUGGAAAAUUGUGGGCUUGAGGACUGAAUUCAGAUUUUCCCGAAGACACCACCCACAUAGCCUCAUAUCAGCUGUUGUGUAGCAACAACCACACACUCAGAUGUAAGAGACAAAAAGAUGCAUGCAAAUAAAGUUGUGUCUUGUUAUUAAAAAAUGAAAUGCUAGGUAUCUUUUCAAGGAAUCUUUCAGAUGUGGCCACUGAAAAAAGAUUUUAGCAUGAUGUUUAGACAACCCCACUGUGGAAAACUUGUAUCUCUGCAAAACUAUAUGGAGGAGCCCCUCUCCUCCCUCUUUCUCCCUUUCACUUACCUGCUGACCUAUCAUAGUCCACAUGGACUAGGAGGCAGUAGGCAGCAGAGAGCUGAAUGUUGGGUUCAUCCUGGCCAGACCCAGUAUUCAGCUCUGUACCUCCUAUAAAGUCCACAGAAGGUUUGGGGACAGCAGGUGGUAUAGAGCAUAACACUACCAAUAUUAAGCUCUGCACUGCCCGCCACUUUCAAGAGCCAUGUGGACUUUGGAGGCUUGGCAUUUUUCAGGAUUGGGUUUAAUAGAUCUGGGGGGAAAAUGCGCGGGGGCGGGGGGCAGAUAAAAGCCAUGAAAAAAUCCCAUACCAGUAUGUAGGUUUGGCUCUUUUUUAAAUAUUUUUUGAAAAUGUCCGAGUCUUUUAAACUCAACAAAUACAAAGAAAAAAUGGUGCACAGUCUUUGAAUGUGCUCUACAUGAUCCUUCCAAUAUGUGUUGUCACCAUUUUGUCUGAAAGGAGCAGUGUCUGUAUUUUUAACUGCAACAUGUGUAUCAGAAACCUGAUUUGUGUACUGAAGCUGAUUUAGUGUUUUCUCCCCACUUCUGUGGGAAAAUCUAAAGACUGAAAACAGCUUAUGUGGCUUUAUAACAGAGGCUCAAAUUUGAUAUCAUUUUAAAUUUGAUAUCAGAAUUUAUGAAGACAAUCUAUUUCUUUAGAAUUUGGGUAGCUUGAUUGUUGUGCUUUUAUUUUAAAUGAUAGAGAUAAUCAUUGGAUUAUUUAUAAUUAAUGCAGAACAGGACAACUGAUUGAGGCAUAGUGGCUGAGAGUCAAGAUUUAAACCUAUGGAUUAACAUGUCUCUGGUUUGAAUUUGGCUACUGUUUAAGUUGAUUCAGUGAUAAUGGGCACAAAAGUCUCUCUAUCAGUCUAUGACCCACACAUAGAGCAUGGAACGUAAUAAUCUUACUGUAGUAACCAGAUAAUGCAUGUGGAGCAUUUUGAUUUGUUUAAUAAUGCAAUCUUAAGCAGAGUUACCCUCCAAAGACCACUGAAAUUAAUGACCUUUGAAGGAUGCAACUAUGCUUAGGAUUGCACUGAAAAAAUGCUAUGUAUUG